CCACUGACAUGUCCCACAAGAGCAUAGUGGGCUUGUGGUUAUCACUCGUUCUCUUAGGAGCUGGAGCUUCCGAGACAAAAGAACUGUAUGGCAUUCUGGGGGGCUCUGUCACUUUCCGAUUGACAGAACCUCCACCGUAUGAAAAGAUUCGCUGGAGUAAAGGUAUCUACGGAAACUCCAUACGUAUUAGUGCGGUGAAUGAUGGGGAAGAUGGGGAACCAUGUGGCCUCCAGGGCUUCCUCACAGUCUUUGAAGAGGAACUGAGGGUCUCUGAGGACUGCCGAGAACUACAUCUCAGCCAUCUACAGGAAGAGGACGCUGGCAGAUACACGGCACAUAUUGUUCAACAAAACAGAAUCUCAAAGGAGUUCUUUGACCUGGAGGUGCUUAAACAGUUUCCGGAGUCUGAGAUAAGAGUGACCUGCACUUCCAUGGGGGCUGGAAAGGGAGUUUGGCAGCUGAAUUGCUCUACAGGGACCUUGAAAGAUGAAAUGGAAUUCAGAUGGAACGCAAGUUACAAGGGCAUUGAUAUCAUCUCCGAGGGUUCUGUGGUGGAGCUCAACUCCCAAGACCUUGAUCUAGAAUUCACCUGCAUGGCAAAAACAGAGGAUAGUGUAGCAUUCAGGACAGUCACCUUAAAGGAAGUUUGUUCUGGACAGACCAAGAACCUGCCUGGGCUGCCUCUCUGGGCCCUGCUGUGUCUUAGCCUAGGGGGAAGUCUUCUUCUUCCUGGCUGCAUGGAACUCAUUCCCAUGGAGAAAUCCAGAAAAGCAGAUGGAGGAGGAAGAAGUCGGGCCCACCCCAGCCUGGAGACGACUGACAGAUGCCUGAGAUGAGUCUCCUUCCUGCCGCUUCACUUCCUGGUCUUCCUGGGCAGCUUUUCAGAGGAGCUUUUGGGACAAGGGGGCUUCUGUGGACCAGCCAAUGAUAUGUGGCUAGUGGGAGAGGCUUGGGUUGGUCCUCUGCAUCUGCUUUCAUUGCUGCCUUGUCUGGCCCCCAAGGAAAACUCCAGCACUUGCUUCCUUAUUUUUAAUAUUUGGGAGUUGAAAGGGGAAACUGGGAAGACAGUUUACAUUUUGGUAAAUCUGGCCCAUGGCACGACUGAGGAACUAGUCAUGGCCUGGGAACAGGCCGCGGCUGGGGCCUUGGACCGUGUCGCACCUUUGCGGCCUCUGACCCGGCGCAGAUCUCGUCCGGCUCCUUGUUUCUCCGAGGGGCUGAGGGAGAUGAAACGCCGGAGAAG